UUUUCCUACAUGCUGGCCAUGGGGAAAUCCCCACUGGGCCCUAUAAGAAGCCCCUGGGCUCUGUGCAGAGCCAGGCUCCAGCUAAGAGGACAAGAUGAGGCCCGGCCUCUCGUUUCUCCUAGCCCUUCUGUUCUUCCUCGGCCAGGCUGCAGGGCAUUUGGGGGAUGCGGGACCCCCAAUUCCUAGCCCCAGCUUCAGCACCUUCCCAGGCGUUGACUCCAGCUCCAGCUUCAGCUCCAGCUCCAGCUACAACGGCAGCUCAGGCAGCGGAGGUUCUGUGUCCCAGUUGUUUUCCAAUGUCACCGGCUCCGUGGAUGACCGUGGGACCUGCCAGUGCUCUGUUUUCCUGCCAGACACCACCUUUCCCGUGGACAGAGUGGAACGCUUGGAAUUCACAGCUCAUGUUCUUUCUCAGAAGUUCGAGAAAGAGCUUUCUAAAGUAAAGGAAUAUGUCAAAUUAAUCAGUGUGUAUGAAAAGAAACUGUUAAACCUAACUGUCCGAAUUGAGAUCAUGGAGAAGGAUACCAUUUCUUACACUGAACUGGACUUUGAGCUGAUCAAGGUAGAAGUGAAGGAGAUGGCGAAACUGGUCGUACAGCUGAAGGAGAGUUUUGGUGGAAGCUCAGAAAUUGUUGACCAGCUGGAGGUGGAGAUAAGGAAUAUUACUCUCCUGGUAGAGAAGCUUGAGACGCUCGACAAAAACAAUGUCCUUGCCAUUCGCCGAGAAAUCAUGGCUCUGAAGACCAAGCUGAAAGAGUGUGAGGCCUCUAAAGGUCAAAACACCCCUGUCGUCCACCCUACUCCCACUCCAGGGAGCUGUGAUCAUGGUGGUGUGGUGAACAUCAGCAAACCGUCUGUGGUUCAGCUCAACUGGAGAGGGUUUUCUUAUCGGUAUGGUGCUUGGGGUAAGGAUUACUCUCCCCAGCAUCCAAACAAAGGACUAUAUUGGGUGGCACCACUGAAUACAGAUGGGAAACUGUUGGAGUAUUACAGACUGUACAACACACUGGAUGAUUUGCUGUUGUACGUAAAUGCUCGUGAGUUGCAGAUCACCUAUGGCCAAGGUAGUGGUACAGCAGUUUACAACAACAACAUGUACAUCAACAUGUACAACACCAGGAAUAUUGCCAGAGUUAACCUGACCACCAACACGAUUGCUGUGACUCAAACUCUCCCUAAUGCUGCCUAUAAUAACCGUUUUUCAUAUGCUAAUGUUGCUUGGCAAGAUAUUGACUUUGCUGUGGAUGAGAAUGGAUUGUGGGUGAUUUAUUCAACUGAAGCCAGCACUGGUAACAUAGUGAUUAGUAAACUCAAUGACACCACACUUCAGGUGCUAAACACUUGGUAUACCAAGCAGUAUAAACCAUCUGCUUCUAAUGCCUUCAUGGUAUGUGGGGUUCUGUAUGCCACCCGUACUCUGAACACCAGAACAGAAGAGAUUUUUUACUAUUAUAACACAAACACAGGGAAAGAGGGCAAACUAGACAUUGUAGUGCAUAAGAUGCAGGAAAUAGUGCAGAGCAUUAACUAUAACCCUUUUGACCGGAAACUUUAUGUCUAUAAUGAUGGUUACCUUCUGAAUUAUGAUCUUUUUUUCUUGCAGAACCCCCAGUAAGCUGUAGGAGUUAGGGUGAAAGAGAAAUAAAAUGUAUGUUGAAAAAAUAGUCUUCUCCGCUUACUUAGAUAUCUGCAGGGGUGUCUAAAAGUGUGUUCUUUUUGCAGCAAUAUUUAGGUGCAUAGUUCUACCACACUAGAGACCAAGGACAUUUGUCUUGAUUUGGUGAGUUCUCUUGGGAGCCAUCUUCAGAUGGCUUUUCAGGCAAGAAAAUGCCUCUUCAGGUGCAUUUUCCAAUAAAGUCUGUCUAGGGUAGGAUUGUUAGAGUUCUAGGGGCACUGUGGGCCUAGUGAAGCCUACCAUGAGGAGGCUUCACUAGAAGCCUUAAAUUAGGAAUUAAGGAACUUAAAGAGAACUCAGUAUGACUUCUAGGGAUCCUUUGUACAGGAAAGAUUGCCCAGUGACCAGUCCUCAUCCAUGAGUCCCACUAAUUAUUUCAUGCCUGGAAGGAACCUGGGGGCUUAGUUAGGUAGAUUAAUAUCUGGAGCUCCUUGAGGGACCAAAUCACCAAGUUUUUUUUUUUUUUUUCCUCACUAGCACCUGGAAUGAUGCUUUGUUUGUGGCAGAUAAGUAAAUUUGGCAUGCUUAUAUAUUCUACGUCUGUAAAGUGCUGAGUUUUACGGAGGGAGGCCUUUUUAUGCAUUAAAUUGUACAUGGCAGAUAAAUCCCAGAAGGAUCUGCAGAUGAGGCACCUGCUUUUUCUUUUCUCUCAUUGUCCACCUAACUAAAAGUCAGUAGAACCCUCUACCUCAUAACUUCCUUCCAAAGGCAGCUCAGAAGAUUAGAACCAGACUUACUAACCAAUUCCCGUCCCCCACCCCCUCUCUACUGCCUGCGGUAAAAAAAUUAAUAGUUUUCUAUGGAACUGAUCUAAGAUUAGAAAAAUUAAUUUUCUUUGAUUUCAUCAUGAACUUUUAUUUACAUGGCUCUAAGACUAUAAGAAAAUCUGAUGGCAGCGAUAAAGUGCUAGCAUUUAUUGUUACAUAAUAAAGACCUUGGCGCAUAUGUGCGACUUAUGAGCAUAUCAAUUGUUGCAUGUCAUUUUUGCCUUUGUUUAAGCCUGGAACUUGUAAGAAAAUGAAAAUUCAAUUUUUUUUUUCUUUCUAGGACAAGCUAUAGAAAAGCUAUUGAGAGUAUCUAGUUAAUCAGUGCAGUAGUUGGGAAACUUGCUGGUGUAUGUGAUGUGCUUCCGUGCUUUUGAAUGACUUUAUCGUCUGGUCUUUGUCUGUUUUUCCUUUGAUGUUCAAGUCCCAGUCUAUAGAAUUGGCUAUUUAAAUGCUUUACUCCCCUUUGUAAAAUAAAUGUUUAAAAUGUGCCUUGAAAAAAGUCA